AUGGCCAAGUCUCGAGCAGCCUCUCCUCCGACACGAAACGCGCGAAUGUUCAACAAUGUUGUGCUCCGUAUGUUUCUCGCAUUCGUGAUAGUGGUUUGGAUACCGACUAUCUCUGCGUCGGAGCACGUUUACGUUGCGCGAGAGGGAUCACUUACUGUUCCGACUGUGACUUUAACGUCUAAUAGUGCAUCUGGAAGCGGAUCAGGAUCGAGUACGGGAACGUCUUCGAACGCUUCGGCAACACCUGUAGCAACAACGACAACAGAGCUCACGACGAGCUCGGGUCCAGGCGGAACGUCGGCGUUCUUAACCACCGUCACGACACUCAUUAUUCCUGGUAGCACUUCAACUAAUAUUUCUUCCACAUCAACAUCGACUGCCUUCCCGAGCUUAAGCACCUAUUCUCCUUGUGUGGUAAACUGCUUGCAAUCUGGCGUUGGAGCACCAAAUUGCUCUAGUAUCACAGAUACUGCAUGUUACUGCGUCAGCGCGGCAUUCACAUCAACUCUUGUCGGUUGUGUCACGAACCAAUGUCCAGAUGAAUUGACUACUGCAGAGCACCUCGCACAGCUAUUCUGCAACGUCGCCUCUCCGAGUGUCUCCCUUGCAUUCCCCGCUCCUACCACCUCCGGCACUAUAAACACGAGUAGCACAACUACAACGUCUGCGACUACGAGUCAAACUGGAAACGCCGCUAUGCGAUUGGGUGUCUGGGAGUUUAGCUCGACUCUAGGUCUUGGUUUGGGUUUGAGCAUUGUGGGAUUCAUCUUUGGCUCCGUGUCUUGCUGGUAG